AUGGGAAAAACGUGGGUUAAGAAAAAAGACGCCGAGACCUUUUCGCUGGUGUACCGAGCGCAAGACGAUCCUCUUUAUCAUGAUGAAGACGCCUCCGAGCGAGUCUUUGUCAAAGUCGACAAUCUCAACCAGCAACGAAGGGAGCGAGAGGCUGUGGCUCGAUCUGUAGCCGCUUCUGAGGCUGCCAGUCAGGCUAGCGAGGCCGGAGACGUUCCCGAGCUCCACGACGACUCUCAGGACCCCCACAGAGCUCUGACUCGAGCUGACCUGGAGGCUGAGCUGGACAAGUUUGCCAAACAGGGCCGACGAGAAAACGAGGGAGAGGCCGCUCUCUACGGUAUCGAGUACGAUGAUUCCAAGUACGACUAUAUGCAGCAUCUGCGACCCAUGGGCAUGUCUGACUCCGUCUAUCUGGAGCGAAAGACUAACAACAAGGAGCACUCUGGACCUGGAGGACGGCGGGGCAAGGGCACCGAUUUGAUUCUCAAGGCUGACUACGCUGCCAAGAAUGGAGUUCAGCUGCCCGCUGAGGCCCUUCCUUCUGAGGUCAAGAAGAAGCUGACUUACCAGGACCAGCAGGACAUCCCUGAUGCUCACAGACAGCUGCUGAUGGACCCCGAUCUGCGGGAGGUCCUGGAGGCUCUGGAGGACGAGGCUUACGUGGAGGAGGAUGCCGAGGAUGAUGUCUUUGGCGAGUUGAUUCAGUCUGGAGAGUACGAUGAGGAAGAGGAGGCCGCUCUGGACGACCAAUACGACGAUGAGGACUACUACGAUGACUACAGUGAUGUCGGCACCAUCCAGGGCGCCUUUGACACAGUUGAGGAGGAACACAACGAUGAGGAGAUUGAAGCUCUUCGACAGCAGGCCAUCAAGCAGGCCCGAGCCAUGGGGCGGUCUAAGGGUAACAAGGAGGAAGAAGCUGGAAAGGAGGUAGAGGUCUCCCAGCCUCUGGCUGCCGAGCUGGACGUUGAGGCCGAAGAGGAGGAGGAAGACGAGUUUGACCCCCAGUACUCGUGGCAGCAGGACUUUGACAAGUUCAAGAAGGACCAGAAGAAGAAGCGAGGCGAGGAGGUGGAGAGCGAAAUCGACGGAGCUGCCUACACCGCCAUGAGCCGACGGUCUCGUCGAAAGCGAGAGAAGGCUGCCAAGAACGGAACCGCCAUGUCUGGAUACUCCAUGACCUCUUCUGCCCUGUUCCGAAACGAGGGCCUGACAUUCCUGGACGACCGGUUCGACAAGGUCGAGGCUGAGUACAAUGAUGAAUCCAAGGAUGAGCCCCAGCCCGAAUUUGACAUGAAGAAGGAGCGAAACGACUUUGAGUCCAUCAUGGACGACUUUAUGGACAACUACUCUGUGGUUGGCAAAAAGAUGUACAAGAAGAAGGCAUCCACACUCAAUAACUCCACUGGUCUGCAGCAGGUUGAUGAUUUGCGACAGGCACUGAAGGGUCUCAGUGUGGAUGAUAAGCAGAAGUGA